CCCCGGCUGCGCUCCGUGCGUGCCGCACCGCUCCGCGUGUGCCACACCGCUCCGCUCCGCUCCGCGCCGCGCCCCCAGCCCUCGCCAUGCCCAGAGCCUUCCUGGUGAAGCGGCGCAGCCCGCAGCCCGCCGUGCGCAGCUGGGCUGGGCUGCCCGACGAGGAGCGCGCCGACACCUACAUCCCAGGCGGCCUCGGCUGCGCCCCGGGCUACGAAGACAGCUGCAGCCUGGAGAGCAGCGGCAGCAGCGGGACGCGGGACCCCGAGCUCGGAGACCUCCCCACGCCGCAGGCUGCCCCCGCGGAGCUGGGCGCGCCCGGGGGGAUGCUGCUGGACCUGGCCGUCAGGCGCCCCGCCGUCAGGUCGAAAAUCAAGUUCACCACAGGUACCUGCACGGAUGCCGCGGUGCACUCCUGCGAGCUGUGUGGCAAGGGCUUCCGCCUGCAGCGCAUGCUGAACCGGCACGUCAAGUGCCACAGCCAGGUGAAGAGGCACCUGUGCACAUUCUGCGGGAAGGGCUUCAACGACACCUUUGAUCUGAAGCGCCACGUCCGGACCCACACCGGAAUUCGUCCUUACAAAUGUGAGGUUUGCAACAAAGCAUUUACUCAGCGGUGCUCCCUGGAAUCCCACCUCAAGAAGAUUCACGGAGUGCAGCAGCAAUACGCCUACAAACAGAGGCGAGACAAACUGUACGUGUGCGAGGAUUGCGGCUACACCGGCCCCACGCAGGAGGACCUGUACCUGCACGUCAGCAGCGUUCACCCCAGCAGUGCUUUCCUGAAAAAAACCUCAAAAAAACUUGCAGCCGUUUUGCAAAACAAACUGAGCCCUAUCCUGCAGAGGAACUCCAAAGACGAUGACAAAGAUGAGUAACGCAGUGGAUUACUGUGGUCUACAGGAAUGAAGUUUACAUGUAGGACUACAUAUAUAUUAUUUUUUUAAAAAAGCAAUUUUGAAUUAAAUCCCUGAAAGAAAAGGGAUACUUUUGUUAACGGGACUCUCUUGAUAUUGGUAGAACCUCAACUUGAAAGAAACAUUCCCACGUAUCAUACAAACAUCAGACUUUACCUGGUCAAAAAAUAGAAAGACCGGAAGAGGCUGUCACCUGUGAGAUGGAGUAUUCACUGACCCUGGCACUCAGGUAACCUGAUUGCCAUUUCAGCUCUCCCACACAUCUGAAUGGCGCUGACAAACAAGCUCACCUUUUCCCAGUGUGUUUCUUAAAGACAGUAACAGUUACCUCCUGCAAAAAAUCACUUUUCAGGGGUUUGAGUGAAAGGGGCCACGCAGGAGCGGCUCCUAGUACAAUUGUUCUUAUAUGCAAAAUUAAUUAAAAUUGGCUUACGAACAGUACAUUGUAUUGGUACUUAAUGUGCAAAUAACUUUAACUUUGCCUCCUGUGCAGUAAGUGAAUGAUUUGCAGAAGCAUUAUCCAAGAUGAGCUGAAACUUUAUUUCAAACAAAGCAGACCUUUUUUCCCUCCUAAACUUCCCCUUCCAGCAAAUGGCAUUCCAGGGCAGAGGUUUGCAUUCUAGGGACUUGAAGCUGUGAAAUCAUUUCAUCCUAUUUAGAUGUAAGCGUCACCUUAACUCUGACUUUUCUGGACUCCUCAUGGUCACUUAGGGAUUGUUACCACAUCCUUUUAACGUACAUUGUUAUCAAGCCAGAAACCCAAAGAAACCAUUUUAAUGAUUGGAAGAUAUGUAUUUUCUGUCAUGAGGAAGUGCAGCUCUGUGUGUAUUUUAUGGUGUGUGCGUGUGUACAUGUGGAUUUUUUAAAUUUUUAAAAAUCAGGUGUAGGUUCAUUAGUACAAGAAAGCUGUGCAAAACAGUUAAGAGUGUGACUUAGGCUGUCUGCCCCGCAAGAUCAGUGCAAAACUGUAUGCUUAACUCUGGUCCCUAAUCACUGUCACUUUAGAUGGCUCCUAGUAAGAUUGAUGCUACAAGAGAAGAAGGUGGUGGUGCUGACAAUGAGGGAUCAGUACCACAUCUCUGCUUUUAGGACUCCCCUUAUAUUCCUGCUCAAGUACAAAGUUAGGGAUUAAAAAAAAAAAAACAAUGUAGAGGGCAUCCAUAACUGUCAUUGCUGAAACUGCCCAACACUGUAAAUCUCUUCAGAAGCUGCUGCAGCCCUUACUGGGCACUCAGGUGUCUAAGUUAGGAAAGACAGGAUGGGGUGGUAACUUCCUCAGCAAUAAUCCAAGUUACACCAGUCAAAGCACAUGUUAUUCAUCUGUCUCAUAUAUUAAUGGCCACGGCUACUAAACAUGUCCUAAAUUAAUUUAAAUGCUUAAUAAUUAAUGAUUUUCAUUGGUAAUUUUUCCAGUAUUCAUUUUGAGCUCAAAAUAAAAGUAUACUUUUGGAAGAAUAUAUCACAUUCUGUACACAUUGAAACAAGUGCUCUGUAUGAGCAAUGAACUGUAACUCACCUGAAAUAGUCCUGGCCAGGACCUUCAUGAUCAGUGCUACUUAAAUUGUAAGGUUCUGAGCAUCUCUGUAGGAAUCCAAAAAAUAAAAAAUAAAAUAAAACCUCAAGAUA